UUAUUAGCAAAUGAAGGGCAUAUAUGUAAAAGAGCCACCGUCCAGCUCCUCCUCCUCCUAAACAUGCUCCAUCUCCUCCAUCUCUCCGACGAAAACCUCAGCAGCAUGCCCCCUUCCUCAUCCUCAUCUCUCCACCCUUGCAAACACUCUCCCUCCGCAACCCUCGACCUCCUAAUCCUCCUCCUCGUCCUCUUCUCCGCCGCCUUCCUCCUCUCCUCCUACUUCUCCUACCUCUUCCACUCCCUCUCCCUCCUCUCCUCCCACCUCCCCUCCUCCGAUCUCUCCUCCAUCCCUCCCGCCUCCUACCUCCUCGCCUUCGCCCUCUUCUUCGCCGCCUCCAUCGCCUUCCUCGACUUAUGCUGCGGGCCGAGAUCGAGAAAAUGUCGAAACCCGAGGUGCAAAGGGCUGAAGAAGGCCAUGGAGUUUGAUCUGCAGAUACAGACGGAGGAUUGCGUUAGAUCGGGGUCGGGAGGGAGCAAGGAGAUCGAUCGGUUGCCGUGGAAAGGAGGGAGCGAGGGGAAUCCUGAUUACGAGUGUUUGAGAGCUGAGCUUAGGAGGAUGGCUCCCGUUAAUGGUCGGGCUGUCUUGCUUUUCCGAUCUCGGUGUGGUUGUCCUGUUGCCAAGCUUCAAGGUUGGGGACCUAAGCGUGGUCGGCGUCAUAAAAAAUCACAAGCAAACUUGGCUCUAAAGGGAGGCAUAGACAAGCGCUGAUCAGAGAUCGAUGGGAACUCUUCAAUCUAUCAUUAUUAUUAUAGAUGUUAUCAUCACAUUCAAUGUUUGCAGAGUUCAUCUCGAAAACUAAAGAAAAUCCAUACAGCUCCGUUUACGUGGUUUUCGUUUACUUCUUUUACAUUAGAAAUGUCUCAAUACUACAAUUUGAAAUACUUUUAUUGAACGACCUUACAUACCA